UCCGCCCCGCGCCUCGUCUCCUCCGCCCCGCGCCCUGCGGUGCUGCAGCUGCGGGCGGCUCCAGCUGCCCCCAGAUGUGGGCUGGGCGGUGCGCGGGGAACUUUCGCGCCGGCUGCGAGUGCGGGCCCCCGGCUGCGGCCCGGCUGCCAUGGAUCCGCCGGCUGGAGCCGCCCGCCGCCUGCUCUGCCCCGCGCUGCUGCUCUUGCUCUCGCCGCUCCUGCCGCCGCCGCCCGCCGCCCGGCUCGCAGCCGCCGCCGACCCCCCAGGCGGGCCCCUGGGGCACGAAGCGGAGCGCAUCCUGGCGGUGCCAGUGCGCACUGACGCCCAGGGCCGCUUGGUGUCCCACGUGGUGUCGGCGGCGACGGCCCAGGCGGGGGUACGGGCCCGGAGGGCCGCCCCAGCCCAGACUCCGGGCUUCCUGGGAGGCAGCGAGGAGGAGGACCCUGGCGACCGCCUCUUCUACAAUGUCACGGUCUUCGGCCGAGACUUGCACCUGCGGCUGCGGCCCAAUGCCCGCCUCGUGGCGCCUGGGGCCACCAUGGAGUGGCAAGGCGAGUCAGGCGCCACCCGCGUGGAGCCCCUGCUUGGGACCUGCCUCUAUGUCGGAGACGUGGCCGGCCUGGCUGAAGCCUCCUCCGUGGCACUCAGCAACUGCGAUGGGCUGGCUGGCCUGAUCCGUAUGGAGGAGGAAGAGUUCUUCAUUGAACCCCUGGAGACGGGGCUGGUGGCGAAAGAGGCUGAGCAGGGCCGUGUGCAUGUGGUGUAUCGCCGGCCACCCACCCCCAGGUCCCCUCCUUUGGAGGGGCCACAGGCCCUGGACACAGGGGUCUCCCGCGGCAGCCUGGAUAACCUCAGCCGUGCCCUGGGCAUCCUGGAGGAGCGGGUCAACAGCUCGAGGCGCAGGGUGCGCAGGCACGCUGCCGACGACGACUACAACAUUGAGGUCCUGCUGGGUGUGGACGACUCCGUGGUUCAGUUCCACGGGAAGGAGCACGUGCAGAAGUACCUGCUCACACUCAUGAACAUCGUCAAUGAAAUCUAUCACGACGAGUCCUUGGGGGCCCACAUCAAUGUCGUCCUGGUGCGGAUAAUCCUGCUGAGCUACGGGAAGUCCACGAGCCUCAUCGAAAUUGGGAACCCCUCGCAGAGCCUGGAGAAUGUCUGCCGCUGGGCCUACCUCCAGCAGAAGCCGGAUACAGGCCAUGACGAGUACCAUGAUCAUGCCAUCUUCCUCACGAGGCAGGACUUCGGCCCCUCUGGCAUGCAAGGCUACGCCCCUGUCACCGGCAUGUGCCAUCCGGUCCGCAGCUGCACCCUGAACCACGAGGACGGCUUCUCCUCAGCGUUCGUGGUGGCCCACGAGACCGGUCAUGUGCUGGGCAUGGAGCACGACGGGCAGGGCAACCGCUGCGGCGAUGAGGUGCGGCUGGGCAGCAUCAUGGCGCCACUGGUGCAGGCAGCCUUCCACCGCUUCCACUGGUCCCGCUGCAGCCAGCAGGAGCUGAGCCGCUACCUGCACUCUUAUGACUGCCUGAGGGACGACCCCUUCGCCCAUGACUGGCCAGCGUUGCCCCAGCUCCCGGGGCUGCACUACUCCAUGAACGAGCAGUGCCGCUUCGACUUCGGCCUGGGCUACAUGAUGUGCACGGCGUUCCGGACCUUUGACCCCUGUAAGCAGCUGUGGUGCAGCCACCCUGACAACCCCUACUUCUGCAAAACCAAGAAGGGGCCACCCCUGGAUGGCACCAUGUGUGCACCUGGCAAGCAUUGCUUUAAAGGACACUGCAUCUGGCUGACACCUGACAUCCUCAAACGGGACGGCAACUGGGGUGCCUGGAGUCCAUUCGGCUCCUGCUCACGCACCUGUGGCACAGGUGUGAAGUUCAGGACCCGCCAGUGUGACAACCCACACCCGGCUAACGGAGGCCGCACGUGCUCAGGCCUUGGCUACGAUAUCCAGCUCUGCAACUCCCAGGACUGCCCCGACCCGCUGGCCGACUUCCGCGAAGAGCAGUGCCGGCAGUGGGACCUGUACUUCGAGCACGGCAAUGCCCAGCACCACUGGCUGCCUCACGAGCACCGGGACGUCAAGGAGAGAUGCCACCUCUACUGUGAGUCCAAGGAGACCGGGGAGGUGGUGUCCAUGAAGCGCAUGGUGCACGAUGGGACGCGCUGCUCCUACAAGGACGCCUUCAGCCUCUGUGUGCGCGGGGACUGCAGGAAAGUGGGCUGUGAUGGAGUGAUCGGCUCCAGCAAGCAGGAGGACAAGUGUGGCGUGUGCGGUGGGGACAACAGCCACUGCAAAGUGGUCAAGGGCACCUUCUCCCGCUCCCCCAAGAAGCUCGGUUACAUCAAGAUGUUUGAGAUCCCUGCGGGAGCCAGACACUUGCUCAUCCAGGAAGCAGACACCACCGGCCACCACCUGGCCGUCAAGAACCUGGAGACAGGCAAGUUCAUUCUGAAUGACGAGAACGAGGUGGAUCCCAGCCCCAAGUCCUUCAUCGCCAUGGGGGUGGAGUGGGAGUACCGGGAUGAGGACGGCCGGGAGAUGCUGCAGACCACGGGCCCCCUUCACGGCACCAUCACCGUGCUGGUCAUCCCUCAGGGAGAUACCCGGAUCUCGCUGACAUACAAGUACAUGAUCCACGAGGACUCGCUCAACGUGGAUGGCAACAAUGUCCUGGAAGACGACUCCAUGGGCUAUGAAUGGGCGCUGAAGAAGUGGUCACCCUGCUCCAAGCCCUGUGGCGGAGGCUCCCAGUUCACCAAGUAUGGCUGCCGCCGGAGGCUGGACCACAGGAUGGUGCACCGGGCCUUCUGCGACGCCGUCACAAAGCCCAAGGCCAUCCGCAGGGCCUGCAACCCUCAGGAGUGCUCUCAGCCUGUGUGGGUCACAGGUGAAUGGGAGUCUUGCAGCCAGAGCUGCGGGCGGACUGGCACCCAGACCCGCUCCGUGCGCUGCAUUCAGCCGCUGCACAACAACACCACCCGCUCUGUGCACACCAAGCACUGUGACGACGCCCGGCCCGAGGGCCGCCGGGCCUGCAACCGUGAGCUCUGCCCUGGUCGGUGGCGGACUGGACCCUGGUCCCAGUGCUCGGUAACCUGUGGCAACGGCACCCAGGAGCGGCCCGUGCUCUGCCGAACCUUGGAUGACAGCUUCGGAGUCUGCCAGGAGGAGCGGCCUGAGACGGCCAGGAUCUGCAGGCUUGGCCCCUGUCCCCGAAACAUCUCUGACCCCUCCAAGAAGAGCUACGUGGUUCAGUGGCUGUCUCGACCCAACCCCGACACGCCGGUGCAGAAGCCCUCGUCAAAGGGCCGCUGCCAAGGUGACAAGUCAAUGUUCUGUAGGAUGGAAGUCUUGUCCCGCUAUUGCUCCAUCCCAGGCUACAACAAGCUGUGCUGCAAAUCCUGUAACCAUGACAACCUCACUGACGACGUGGAUGACAGGGCAGAGCUGUCACCCGGGAAGCACAAUGACAUUGAAGAGCUCACACCCACCCUGCCUGUGCCCACUCUAAUCAUGGAGGUUCACCCUCCACCAGGCCCACCCCUAGAGGUGCCUCUCAAUGCCUCAGGCACCAAUGCCACUGAGGAUCGCCCGGAAACCAACGCUGUCGAUGUGCCCUACAGAAUCCAUGGCCUGGACGACGAAGUCCAACCGCCCAACUUAAUCCCUCAGCGACCGAGUCCCUAUGAAAAGACCAGAAACCAAAGGAUCCAAGAGCUCAUUGAUGAGAUGAGGAAGAAAGGGAUGCCCGGAAAGUUGUAAUAAAAUGGAAAGAUAGCAUCAAUAGCAUUUUUUUUCUUGCUUAUAGAGAUAUUCCAUGGGAUAACAAAUCCUGUGUUGUGGAGAUGAAGUCAAAAUUCCUGAUUCCAAAUGGUUUUGAAAAAAAGAGAGAUAAUGACAUAAAAAAUAAUAUAUCUAUAUGGUUCUGAGCAUGUGACAACUAGGUUUGCAAGUGUGUUUCCCAGCCCCAGAAGGUUCUAAGUCCUGUGCUGGGUAGGGUUGGAGUGGAGAGACAUAGGAUGGCUCUACAGCCACCAUCAGGGAGGGAGGGCAGGAGGGCAAACUCAGAGAGAGGAAGCGUUUGCCGUGAGUUGCUGAGCAGUGAUGGGGAAUCUUCUUUUCCCUGGUGAUAACAAUCCUCUGGACACACAGGCUGUCUCCCACCCCAAGCUGAGACACAAGCCCCGUGGGGAUUCUCAGGAGAAAUGGCGACUUACUUACUAACUGACCAGGCUCUAGGAUGAGCACAGUGAGGUUGAGGCGGUGAGUUUGAAUGCCAGCACCUUCAGGGGCCAGGCGGGCAGCCAGGAUGAGUGUGGCGGCUGCUGGGGACCGUGACCAACCUGCACUGACUCUCGGCUCAGGCCGCUGUUGCUCUAUGAGAGCCGGCACCAGCUGCCAGUGCACUUUCUCAGCAGAAGUCUAGGUUUUCAUGUGAAAAAUCAAAUCCUUAAAGGUCAACUCAAAAUCUUUUAAGGGGAUCUGGAACUCCAUUAGGGGCUAGAGCUACCAGGCUGCCACCCCAGUCUUCAGGCUUGGCCUCAUGCCAUCUUGCGAAUCAGGACUUGGGCAAAGCCAUGUGGCCCAUCUGGUGCUCGUAUCUCAGCCUAGUUUGAGCCCAGACGCUGUUUCCUGCUGGGAAAGUAUGGAUAUGGAAAUCCUCUAAUGGGACUUGGCAGGUCGGCCACAUUUCAUACAUGAGGAGCAGACAGCAGGAAGCUCUGCCAGGCGUCUCUCCUUGUUGCUAACUCUGGCCUCAGCCCUGGGGACUCCCAGGAGGCUCUCUCUCUCCGCAAGUGCAGAGGGAUGAGGGGCGCUUGUGCUCUGCUGGGAAGUUGAGUGGUCAAGGCCCAGGACUGUCUCAGAGAUGAGGCUGUGUGUGCAGGGGUUUGCUACCACAGACCAGCUUCACUUGUGGGGGACAAGCUUACCCUGUCUGGCCCUGGGGAGUGCCCUCUCCAGUCCUGGCCCCCUGCCAAAUCUUAGAAGUUCCACGACAAACUGGAAAAAUCUGCCCUCUGAUGAGGAGGGUGUUGGGUGGGAGGUGGAAGGGGCCUGCUUCAUCUUUUGCUCUUUCUGAACUUCCAUUUUCAGCAGAAUGAUGCUUUGUGAGCUGGAUGUGAACGAGAGACAGGAAGGUAUACAGGCGGGUGGGGGGAUGGUGGCUAAUUUUACCUCUUCCCGUGCUUAUAUUUUCUGAACAUGCAGCUUGAACUUCCAAAGCAGCAAGGCCCAGGAGCACAUUAGCUCCUUAGCUGGACCUCAUAAUUCUCAAGCUUUUCAUGUUCAGGAAAGUUCUAGAGCCUUAUAUUGUUGCCAUAGAUCCUGGAGAACUUUGUUUACUUCCCCAUUGUAUGGAUGAGGGUACUGAGGCUCAGGAUAGUACACGGUGGCUACUUUAUAUCAGUUUUGAGGUGCUGCAUAGGUUUGCCUGACCCUGUGAUGUGGAGGUGUGUCCCUGUGUGUGGUCUAAGGGACAAAGGAAGGGUAUAGGAAACAGAGCUGUACCUGGGAUGAUGCUCAGCCUUCCAACUGGCUGUAAACCAGGCCCCCUCCUCAGUGCAGUCACCUCCCUCGUCCACCAUGUGUCCAAUGUGUGCUCAUACGUGACCUGGUAUCUCAAGGAGCUGGCUGGCUCCUGAGAACCAAACUGGAGAAAACACUCUUGAAUCUCUCUCCUAGUAUAACUUCUUUAACAAGACAUGGUGUAAAGCUCUUUUGCAAUCCUGUCUCUAUAAUUAGGAUGGCCACUAGAGAAACUGAGCUUGGGGCCAGUGGAGAGCCAGCUCAGCCACAAUCCUGAUAUUCCAGAGCCAGCAUCUAUAUGUGAGCCCGGGAGGCCAUCUAGGUGAGGCUUCACAACACCACCUUGAGACAGAGGUCUCUGUCCGUGACUCUGGACAGUCAGCUGAGGGCCCAAGAGGCAUCUCACGUUCAUGGGGAGACUCGAGCUGGCAUUUUGGGACCUGGCUCGCAGAUCUGCUCCUUUAGGAAAACCCAUGGAAUUUCCCAUAUAAGCCUUGCAUUUGUAUUUUAAGGUUUUUUGUCUGUCUGGAGUCUAUUAAUGGUGCUCAGUAGCAAAGUCUUUAUCCGAUGAAACGUUAUGACUAUGUACUCCUCUGUGCGACAGGCUGCCGCUGCAUGAAUCAUCAUGGUGCUGAACUCAAAUCACAUUUUAUCUUACUGAUCAUAGCAACCAAUACACGUGUUUUCUGUAUAGUAAAAUUUGGCUCCUUGAUUUUAUAACUUAUUAAAGUCAGAAUGUCUGUGAUUUUGCA